UCAGGAAGAAGCACCAUGACAUAGAAAUAGCACAUGUAUAGAGGGGAACUGUAAUGUUACCAUGUACGGCUGGUUGGUGUGGACCCUCCUGUUAGUCAGCUGGAUAGACGACAGUCAUGCAGAUGCUCCUGCUUCUCCUACUUCGAGUCAGUCAUUCCGCCAGCAAUCCAUCGACGAAGCAAUGUCCAAGAGUCAAGAGUAUGCGCCCACUCAUCCAACGGUGAAGAAGCUGAAUGUGUGCCUGUCCAAGUUGCUGGUGCUGCUUUCCCUCCCUUUGCAAGUGGUGGACUCUGCAUUUUUCAGAGAACUAAUGGCUUGUGCCAAGCCGAGAUGGAGAGUCCCAAGCCGUCAUUGCUGUGCGAAGAAGGCAGUACCAGCCCUGCACAAUUUUGUGGAACAGAAGGUGGGCCAGUCCUUCAGCUUGUCGAACAACUCCAUGAACCUUCAAAUGUGAAAGUAGAAUCCAGGAACUUCAGUCUCUUCCUCACAUGGCUUCCAGCAUCAAAAAAUUCUUUAUUAGUAACCUACAAAGUACAGCAUACCAUAGAUGUCACUGAUCCAACUGGGUGGGCUUCUGUCCCUGCAUGUGAAAAUAUCUCCAUAACAGAGUGCAACUUUACCUGUGUCCUCACCAAAUUUCUGUACCACAACCAGAGCAUAAGGGUGCAAACUGUUUCUCCUUUACCCAACUCUUCUUCCACAUGGGUUGAAAUCCCAAAUAUAACCUACAUGUUUACAGUGGAUCCAGACCCUCCAUAUUUAACUGUAACUAAAGGAAAGGAUGCUAUAACAAUUGACAGCUCUACACAGAUGCCAAACUGCAUACCACCAAUAUUCUACACUAUGAUGGUGAAGUACUAUGUGGAAAUCCGCAGAAGAGACAACCCAGAAGAGGUUGUAUAUGAAGGAGAACAGAGUAAAUUUCCAGUCACAGUACAAACUCCUGGAUACAAAGGGGAAUAUUGUGUUGCUGCCAAAACGAUAUAUAUAAGUAAUCCCACCAAAGAGAGCAAAUUCUCCCAUCCAAUUUGCCUCGAUUUUACUGAAAAAGAUGGACACUUGCACAUGGCGUAUCUUGCUGCACCACCAAUCUGCAUUAUUGUCUUUAUAUACCUUAUAAUUUGGCAUAAAGUAACAGUUAAAGCAAAGAAACCCAAAGCAUUGGAUUUUCCAAAAAACAAAUAUUGCCAGAAGGAUUCCUGUUUUCCAGAUAUGUACUCAGAAAUCUAUCAUUCACUUACCAUUUAUAACAUAACAGAACAAGACUCUUCAGCCAAGCAUCUGCCACCUAAUAAAUAUGAUGAUGGUGUCAAUAUUUACCCAGUGAGUGGCCAAGGAUACAUGGAGCGACGCACUAUGCAAACAUCAGGUUCUCACAGUCAGGGAUACUUUUCUUCGAAAGGCUUAGCAUGCAACUCCAGCAGUGAUCAAUCUGCAACUAGCUGUACCAGCCCAAAUACAUCAGGAUCGGUUACAGACAUGUUAUUCCAAGCAAAAAAUGACCAAACCAACAACUGUCCUAAAGAGAUUAAUAUUAGUGUCCUAGAAGAUGGUAAAAUGCUUUCCUCUACCUCUAAGUCUGUAAGAAACUCAUUAGACAGCCUUUCCCCAAUGGAGCCUAAUUCCUUAGUAAACGUGCCUUUAAAUACAUUGUGUAUAGGGGGCAUUAUUGAUAUGGACAAUUGUAUGGACAACUCAGACGGAGAAUCAAGUAACCACUGCUUCACAGAUUCGGAAGAUGGAUUGGAUUCCUUAAGUACAGACUUUAAAACUUCGGAAUAUCCAUCACAGUAUAAAAUACCACAUAAAGACUGCUGUUCAGACUAUACACAGAGGACUUACAUGUCAAGAAGAUGAAAAUGAAGGAAUAAUAUUUAUAUGUAUGGCAGAAACAGACAAAUGGAUCCCAUAAUUUGAACCGUGAUGGAUAAAUUGUACAUGAGUGUGUGUGUGUGUAAAUGGUUUGUCUGAUCAUAUUGUAUAACACAAACAAUGAAAGAGAACUAUUGUGGCCUAUAAAGAGAUUUUUUUAUAUUGUUCAAAUGCUUUAAAAAUUAGUUAAAACAUUAGUGUUGUUUACAAAAACUUUUGACACUUUAUUGAUAAAAGCCAGCUGAAGUGAUCGUUGGUAAAAGUCGGCUGAAGUGUAGGAUUAAAGGGGUACUCCCGUGGAAAACUUUUUU